UUCUAUUCAAACCAUCACAACUUACAAAACACUAACCAUGGCUUCUUCACAAAUGUCUCUUCUUAUUGUCGCCCUACUCGCACUCACUGCUUCAACCUCUGCAAUCCCGACAAUAUACGAUUUGGUUAACCAAUUUGGAUUCCCAUCCGGCAUUCUGCCUGAUUCCGUCGAAUCUUACUCCACAACCCCAUCAGAUGGGGAAGCCUACACCUUCGCCGUCUACCUUAAGAAACCAUGCUACGUCAAGUACGAUUACCUUGUUCACUUCGAAAGUGAGAUCACUGGAAAGAUCAGCAACGGUCAAAUUACCGAGCUGAAAGGGCUCAAGGCUCAAUCACUUUGGUUUUGGUUAAGCAUUGACCAGAUCAAAAUGGAUGGCAGCAGCCUCCAGUUCACUCUUGGGCUUUUGACUGUAAAGUCUGAUAUCUCAUUCUUUGAGGCCAUUCCUACUUGCAAAGACAAGGCCCUUGCCGCUUGUGAUCAAUCUACCAAUAAACUUAUCUCUCAGCUUCCACUUAAGUUGGAGUAGACGUCGCAUCGGAUCGAGUUGUUUGAAGCUAGUUGUCGCUGCAUAAGAAGCAUGAUGGCGAUGGUUAUUCGGUUUUUGUUGUAUGAAUAAACCCAGAUUGUAAUCUUGUUAUAAUAAAUGUACAACUUGGUGAGUUAAUUGAAAGUUUGUUAAUGAAA